GACCCGCGGCCCGAACGAGCGCCGGCUCAGCGCGGCUCAGUCGGCUGCAGUGUUCCCGGUGAGGAGGAGGUGUUCUGGGCCGUUCCGCCCUCCGCCGCCGUCGCCGGGCUGCGCCGCUACCGCCGGGACGCUCCUCCGCACGCCUCGUCGCCCGCACGCCCACCAUGACGAAGGGCGAGAAGAAGUCUUUCAACGAGAGCCUGGCUGAGUGGAAGCUCUUCUUGUACAACCCGACCACCCGAGAGUUCCUGGGGCGCACCGCCAAGAGCUGGGGUCCAUGAAGUGCCAUAUUCUCAGUCACCUGCUCCUAUUCUGGGUCAUGCCUCAGUAAAUGCUCUACUCUGGAGAUCUGACUCCCAUCCCAUCUUGAGUGUCUUAACUAUAGGGGAGAAGCAGGAUUGCAGUAUGUGGUAGGGAAGUGAUGCUGUUUGAAGGUUUGAUCUUGCUCUUCUACCUAGUUUUUUAUGGGUUCCUGGCUGCACUCUUCUCAUUCACAAUGUGGGCUAUGCUUCAGACUCUGAAUGAUGAGGUUCCAAAAUAUCGUGACCAGAUUCCUAGUCCAGGACUUAUGGUUUUUCCAAAACCAGUGACUGCAUUGGAAUAUACAUUCAGUGUGUCUGAUCCAAGUUCCUAUGAAGGAUACAUUAAAGACCUUAAGAAGUUUCUAAAGUCAUAUUCUUUAGAAGAACAGAAGAAUCUCACCAACUGUACUGAUGGAGUACUUUUUGAACAGAAGGGUCCAGUUUAUGUUGCAUGUCGGUUUCCUGAUUUCUUACUUCAAGCCUGCAGUGGCAGAAAUGAUCCUGAUUUUGGCUAUUCCCAAGGACAACCUUGUAUUCUUGUGAAAAUGAAUAGAAUAAUUGGAUUAAAGCCUGAGGGAUCACCAAGGAUAGACUGUAUUUCUAAGGAUGAAAACACAGCAAUUGUAUCAACUUAUCCUAAUCAUGGAAUCAUUGACUUAAAGUAUUUUCCAUAUUAUGGAAAGAAACUGCAUGUGGGCUAUCUACAGCCAUUGGUUGCUGUCCAGGUCUCCUUUGAAUCUAACAGUACUAAGAAAGAAGUAACAGUAGAGUGCAAAAUUGAGGGAUCAAGGAACCUAAGAAAUGAGGACGAUCGUGACAAGUUUUUGGGAAGAGUUGCAUUCAAAAUCACAGCACGCACAUAGUCUGAGUAGGAUGUCUCCACAGAAUAAAUGUGUUGUCUGUCUUCAUUUUGUGUCCGCUGGACCUGCCAUUCUAGAAUUCUGAGACCACCUAGGAAAAAGGUGGCGCUGCCUGACCUGGGUAACAGCAUAGCGUGCUUCCAGAUCACAGUGUUCAGUGUCCUCCAAAGUAACUGCCUGCUGCCUCUUGCUACCCUUUGAACCAGUGUCCAGUUGCCAGAUCAGGACCAGUGAACACUGAUCCAAGCGUGUGGGUGGGGGUCUUGUCCUCUUUUUUAAAUGUGGUUUAAUUGCCAAGUAUCUAAAGCUUAUUGUGCUGUGCAGUGUAAAUAUUUUAUGGAUUUAACACUGGUUAACUCAUAUUUUGAUGCCAACAAAGUUUUAGGGGUAAAAUGGUACCUGGCCAACAUUAAGUAACUUUAUGGCUACAACAAAUGUGUGUGGAGAAGCUCUGUAUGUGAAAAAGAAAAAAGAAUAAAAGUGAAUCUGAAAGUGUUA